UGAAAUACAGUUCAGCUCCUCUAGUACUACCACUUCAGAGAGCCAAGAACCGUCUUCCGGGGAUCAAGCAGCGAGCGCGCUUCAGCAGCAGCUCCUACUGAUGGUGGCACGAAGGACCCUUUCAGAAAGCCCACGGCAACCCAGCCAGGACCCUGAGGAUUCUUCAUGUUCUUCAGCACAGCGGAAACUGAACAGGCAGUUUUACAGAUUUAUUAUAUUCCCUGGCAAAUGGAUUAAAGUCUGGUAUGAUCGGCUUACCUUGUUGGCAUUGUUAGACAGGACAGAAGACAUAAAGGAGAAUGUAUUUUCUGUCCUCCUAGUAGUUCUCGUUUCGCUUCUUGGAUUCCUGACUCUGAAUCAAGGCUUCUGUAAAGACAUUUGGGUUCUGUUGUUCUGUCUCGUGAUGGCCAGCUGCCAGUAUUCUCUCCUAAAGAGUGUUCAGCCUGAUCCUGCUUCACCAAUACAUGGGCACAAUAAAAUCAUAACCUACAGCAGACCUGUAUAUUUUUGUAUAUUGUGUGGCCUUAUUUUGCUGCUAGAUGCUGGAUCUAAAGACACAAAUCCUCCAGUUUAUACAAUGUAUGGCUUGAAGCUCUUUUCACCUAGAUCUCUCCAGUCAGCCAGAGACCAUGUAAUAGUGUUUUUAUAUUGCUUUCCUGCAAUUUCUCUUCUUGGUCUUUUCCCUCAAAUCAACACCUUCUGUAUAUAUCUUUUGGAGCAAAUAGACAUGUUGCUUUUUGGCGGUUCUGCUGCUGCUGGGUUCGUAUCUGCACUCUACAGCAUCUCCAGAAGCUUUGUGGUUCUGAUUGUCCUAUAUGCUUUCUGCUUCAGUGCAGUGAAGGAACCCUGGGAUGCACAACACAUUCCAGCGCUAUUCUCUGCUUUCUGUGGUCUGCUAGUUGCACUUUCUUAUCACCUCAGCAGACAAAGCAGUGACCCAUCUGUACUGAUGUCCCUGAUUCAAUGCAAAUAUGUCCCUCACUUUCUGCGUCAACAAUUUGAAGAUUCAUCAGCAGAUCCACUCCCAGAAAAGAUGAGAGAAUCAGUGAAGGAAGUCUUGAAGUCGGAUCUCAUUGUCUGCACAGUGGCUGCUGUUCUGUCAUUUGCUGUCAGUGCCAGUACUGUAUUCCUAUCAUUAAGGCCAUUUCUCAGCAUUGUCCUGUUUGCUUUAGCAUGGACUGUGGGAUUUGUAACACAUUACAUACUUCCUCAGCUUCGCAAGCAUCAUCCCUGGCUGUGGAUCUCCCACCCCAUACUUAAAAGCAAAGAGCACCAGCAACGGGAAGUGAGAGAUGCUGCUCAUUUGAUGUGGUUUGAAAGGCUCUAUGUGUGGCUUCAGUGCUUUGAGAAAUACAUUUUGUAUCCAGCUAUAAUACUGAAUGCCCUCACCAUUGAUGCUUUCUCAAUUAGUAAAUACAAGAAGCUUGGUACACAUUGUGAUAUUAUCCUGAUAACAGUUGCUGGGAUGAAACUCCUCCGCUCCUCAUUCUGUAAUCCUAUUAAUCAGUUUGUUACUUUGAGCUUUACUGUAAUCUUCUUCCGAUUUGACUACAGAGACAUUUCAGAAAAUUUCUUGCUGGAUUUCUUCAUGAUGUCCAUCGUGUUUCAUAAGCUGUGGGACCUACUGCAGAAGUUGCAGUUCAUCAUGACAUACAUUGCUCCCUGGCAGAUUGCCUGGGGAUCAUCGUUCCAUGUUUUUGCUCAGCUCUUUGCAAUACCUCAUUCCGCCAUGCUUUUUUUCCAAACUCUGGCCACUUCAGUCUUUUCUACACCACUGAGUCCAUUUCUUGGUAGUGUCAUCUUUAUCGCAUCAUACGCAAGACCGAUCAAGUUCUGGGAGAAAAACUACAACACCAAAAGAUCGGACCAUUCCAACACCAGACUGGCAAUUCAGAUCGAAAAGGAUGCAGGAAAUGAUGACAAUAAUCUCAACUCAAUUUUUUAUGAGCAUUUGACAAGAUCUCUGCAGGAGUCUCUUUGUGGAGAUUUGAUUCUGGGCCGCUGGGGAAACUACAACACAGGAGACUGUUUUAUUCUGGCAUCGGAUUAUUUAAAUGCCUUUGUGCACUUGAUCGAAAUUGGAAAUGGCCUUGUCACCUUUCAGCUCAGAGGGCUGGAAUUUCGAGGGACAUAUUGCCAGCAGAGAGAAGUGGAAGCUAUAACAGAAGGAGAUGAAGACAAUGAAGGCUGCUGCUGUUGUAAGCCUGGGCACUUGCCUCACCUGUUAUCAUGUAAUGCAGCCUUUAACCUCCGAUGGCUGACAUGGGAAAUAACACGAACCCAGUACAUCCUGGAAGGAUAUAGCAUCAUUGAUAACAACGCUGCAACAAUGCUGCAAGUGUUCGAUCUGCGGAGAAUACUUAUCAGAUACUAUAUAAAGAGUAUAAUAUACUUUACAGCAAGUUCUCCCAAAAUCCUUGACUGGAUAAAAGACGAAUCCAUCCAAAAGAUACUGCAGCCUUAUGCAAAGUGGCAUUAUAUUGAACGUGACCUUGCAAUGUUUAACAUCAACAUAGACGAAGAUUAUGUUCCAUGUCUCCAAGGAAUAACAAGAGCUAGUUUCUGCAGUGUUUAUCUGGACUGGAUUCAGUUCUGUGCUAGAAAAAGGGUGGAGGUAAGCUUGCUUUUUUUUUUUUUUCACCUGGACAGCGAUGAGGAUUCUCCUCUAGUUACGCUUUCCUUUGCCUUGUGUAUACUGGGUCGAAGAGCUUUGGGAACUGCAGCUCACAAUAUGGCCAUCAGCUUGGACUCUUUUCUUUAUGGGCUCCAUGCACUGUUCAAAGGAGACUUUCGGAUAGCAGCAAAAGAUGAGUGGGUCUUUGCAGACAUGGAUCUAUUGCACAAGGUUGUUGCCCCGGCAAUCCGAAUGUCUCUGAAGCUACACCAGGACCAGUUCACCUGCCCAGAUGAGUAUGAGGACCCAGCAGUUUUGUAUGAAGCAAUCCAAUCUUUUGAAGAAAAGGUUGUGAUUUGUCACGAAGGGGACCCAGCCUGGCGCAGCGCUGUACUUUCCAACAGAGAGGAGCUGCUAACCCUGAGACACGUGGUAGAUGAAGGAGCAGAUGAAUAUAAAGUUAUCAUGCUCCACAGAAGCUACUUGAGCUUCAAGGUCAUCAAGGUCAACAAGGAGUGCGUCAGAGGGCUUUGGGCUGGGCAGCAGCAGGAACUGAUUUUCUUACGCAAUCGUAACCCAGAGAGAGGAAGCAUCCAGAACAAUAAACAGGUCUUGCGGAACUUAAUUAAUUCUUCAUGUGAUCAGCCACUGGGAUAUCCAAUGUACGUUUCCCCUUUAACCACCUCGUACCUUGGGACACACAGUCAACUGAGGAACAUUUGGGGGGGACCUGUCAGUUUGGACAACAUUAAAAAGUGGUUCAGAUCCAAAUGGUUAAGAAUGCGGAAGGACUGCCAUGCAGCUCACCACGAGAGAGGGAACGUUGAAGAGGUGGAUAGUGGAGGGGGGUCUUCGUCUAGCAGCAAUUCCACAGGCAAUUCAAGCCAGAGCAGUAGCUCGCAGCCCACCAGAGAUGGAACCCCUCAGUUGCAAGCUUCAUCUCAAGAGGUCCACCAGCGUGCAGGCAGGAGAAAACCCAGGAGCCAGUCUGUCCAGGCACACACUGCUUUAAACCAAAGGCCCCCUGCUUCAAGUCACUCUGGACCCAUAGAAAGCCGCCAGCCUUUCAUCCAAACAUCUACAUCUGCCCAUGAAAUUGCCCAAAGGCUUUCUAGUAGUCAGCUGUCAUUCCACAACUCGGCAACAUCUGUGUUUUCCCAGUCCCCUGCUGUUCCUGCCGCUGGCCAGCUGACUGUGCAGGACCGAGCUGCAGCGAUGCUCAGGUCCAGUCUGGCCUCUUCCACCAGCUCAACUCUCAGCCUGCUGUUCGGCAAGAGAAGUUUUUCAAGUGCUUUGGUGAUUUCUGGGCUCUCAGCUGCAGACGGAGGUAACACCAGUGACACCCAGUCAUCCAGCAGUAUGAAUAUUGCCAUGGGUCCAUCUGCUAGAGCAGCAAGUCAAGCAACUCGGCAACUCACAGAGACCUGCGAAGCAACCGAUGCUACAGAACCUAGACCACGGCGAGAGGCAGGUCCAGCCCAUGCCAUAUUCAUGAGUCAGAACCUGGAGUGCAGAAGGGCCAGCCAAGAAGAUAUGGCCCUGGAAGACACCGCUUCUCAGCAAAGCCUGUCUGAGGAGCAGUAAGGAGUAUUCCUAGCGCAAGGGCCGUGCGCUGCUUAGAAUUAAAUAAAGACAGAGUUAGGUCAGGGAGCUGCACGUGGGUUUAGGUUCUUUCAAAUGUAAGAAGCAACCUCCAAAUGUUUAUUUUUCUAGCUUCUACACAGGAAUACUAUGGGACAGAUGUUCUUCAGCUAAAGACCUUGGCAUGGGUAGGGUUGGAAGAUGUCCUAAAAAACACACAGUGCCACUUCAUCUCAGGUUCUUGUAAAUCCUAGAACAAUGAAUACAACCUGUUUAACGUUCCUUCCCCUGGAACGGUUGGAAUCACAAUGAAUACAGUAGGAAA